AUGAAUCCCUCCUUGCUGCUCCUGUGCCACCUCUGGCUGCUCAGCCUCACGCCUCUCUUGCUGGCAUCAGUCUCUACGCAAGGCGCCUCCAGUCUUGCUUGUUGGUAUGACUCGCGGGCAGCAAUCUUUUGUGACUGGACCCCAGGCUGGGACCUUGCCGAUGCACCGUGCCAGCUGGAGAUUUCGUCAAAGCUACCAUUUUUUGCCAGGUCAAUUUUCUUACCCGAAAAAUUCAAGGAACAUUGUGAAUUACCUAAGGCAGAACACACAACAGAACUGAGGAGAUGCAUCAAGACCUUCAGCAAAAACAGUAACUCUCAAUUCUUCACUACUGCAGACCGUCUUAACAUGUCUGUACAUUGCCGAAUAGGAGAGAAUGGGUCUACACCUGCACGAUUGGAAGACUUCAGUCCACUUGCAAACAUAAAACUGAGACCUCCAGGAAAUCUUCAACUGGUUAGCAAAGCUAAAAACAGCUACAACUUAUCGUGGAGCCUGAAUAUUUCCUCUCACUACUUGGAUGGGGAGCGGCAAUACCAAGUGCGGUACAGAACCACAAGUCAGUCCUGGGAGAAAGCCAAGACCCUCUGCAUUAAGCAGGACCAGAUGUGGGUGGUAUUUGAGGGACUGUCCCCCAACCUGAAAUAUGAGGCAGCUGUCCGUGCAAAGCCAAGUAACUCAAGUACCUACAAAGGCGUGUGGAGUGACUGGAGCAAGACAAUACUGUGGAAGACAGACGCUGAUGAAACAACCCGGCCGGUUCUGCCAGCUCUUAUAGUGAGCACAUGCAUCUUCGUGGUCAUUGGGACUGCCUUCCUUAUUAACUUACGGACCCUGAAAUGGUUUAAGAAGAUUCUGAAGAUUCACAUCCCAGACCCCGAGAAAUUCUUCCCCCCACUCGUCUCUGUUCAUGGAGGUGACAUUCAGAAAUGGCUGUCCUCCCCAUUCUCCUCAUCUUCAUACUGCGUGAACAGCAUAACCCCAGAAAUUUCUGUGCUGGAGGUGAUGCAGAAGAAUGACCAGGAAUCCCAGCUUCUGCUUUCCAAGGGACCCCUGACUCCUGAUCCUCCCUCAGAAACCAGUGGGCAUUCUGUGUCCAGCUGCUUCACCAACCAAGGCUACUUCUUCUUCCACCUUCCCAACUCCUUUGAGAUCGAGCCCUGUCAGGUCUACUUCACGUACGAGCCUUUCACCCAGGAGAGCAGUGGCAGCGAGGACAGCGAGUCUUACCACGCUCUCCCCUCCCCAGACCUCUGCACACUGGCAGAGGACAUGCCCAUGUUGUCCCACAACUUCCUUCAGUGUUUCAAGGGGAUACAGGGCUUCCAGAAUGGUUCCUUUGUGACAGAGACACAAGGUGAAGCCCAGCGGCCUGUGGCUAUUUCAGGGGCUUUCCUGUCAAGCGAAAGCACCCCGCCGACACCAGUUCUGAGGCAGGAUGAGAAGGUGAUUGACAAAGUUCCUUUACAACCUGCUGAGGCCCUGUGCCAGCUGGACAAAGACUUUCCUGACCCACCAGGCCAGCAUGACAGCAAUACCGCCAGUGUUAUGGAGGGGAGUGGGAAGGCAGGCCUUCCGACUGAUCCCACCGCUCCAGCAGCACACGUUACCCCUUCCCUUUCUCAGCCUACAUCUGUAAGGCAAGCACACGAUGAGAAUCCCUGCAGAACUGCCUUCCCCAACCAGAUCCCAAACACCGGUGCCUAUCUUUCUCUGAGGGACCUGCAAAGCCAAUACAACCAUUGCUCUGUCUAG